UUACGGUAGUCGUAUUUGGAUGUAACGUGGAGUUGUUUACUAUUUAUCCCGGUGCUCUUGAGAUCUUAGACAAAUUUAUACCCUUUAACAAACACCAGUUCGUGGUAAAUUUGAAUGUGUGGCUAAAGGAAGACAUGGGGAAGCCAAAGAAAAAGAGUGACCUCAGCCGAGCUGAGCUGAUGAUGAUGACCAUUGCUGAUGUCAUCAAGCAGCUGGUAGAAGCCCAUGAAGAGGGAAAAGAUAUAAAUCUCAACAAGGUGAAAACUAAGACUUCAGCUAAAUAUGGACUUGAAGCCCAGCCUCGAUUGGUGGAUAUAAUUGCAGCUGUUCCACCGCAGUAUCGCCGCGUUCUGGUGCCCAAACUCAAAGCCAAACCUAUCCGCACUGCCAGUGGGAUCGCAGUUGUGGCUGUGAUGUGUAAACCUCAUCGAUGUCCUCACAUCAGCUUUACAGGAAACAUCUGUGUAUACUGUCCGGGUGGACCAGACUCUGACUUUGAGUACUCCACACAGUCUUACACUGGCUAUGAGCCAACGUCAAUGAGAGCAAUCCGAGCUCGAUAUGACCCCUAUCUUCAGACCAGACACAGAGUGGAGCAGCUGAAGCAGCUGGGCCACAGUGUCGACAAGGUGGAGUUCAUCGUGAUGGGUGGGACCUUCAUGGCUCUGCCUGAGGAGUACAGGGACUACUUCAUCAGGAACCUCCAUGACGCCUUGUCAGGACACACCUCCAAUAAUGUAGCUGAGGCCGUCAGGUACUCGGAGCGCAGUAAUACCAAGUGUGUGGGAAUCACUAUAGAGACGAGGCCUGACUAUUGCCUGAAGCGCCACCUCAGUGACAUGCUGAGCUACGGCUGCACCCGGCUAGAGAUCGGAGUCCAGAGUGUUUACGAAGACGUGGCCCGUGACACCAACAGAGGCCAUACAGUGCGAGCUGUGUGUGAAUCUUUCCACCUGGCAAAGGACGCUGGCUUCAAAGUGGUCGCCCACAUGAUGCCAGACCUGCCGAACGUGGGCAUGGAGAGGGAUGUGGAGCAGUUUAUUGAGUUUUUUGAGAAUCCGGCAUUCAGGCCUGAUGGUUUGAAGCUCUACCCGACCCUGGUGAUCCGAGGUACGGGUCUGUAUGAGCUGUGGAAGACAGGGCGGUACAAGAGCUACACACCGAGCGCUCUGGUGGACCUGGUUGCCCGAAUUCUGGCACUGGUGCCACCCUGGACGAGAGUGUACCGUGUGCAGAGGGACAUCCCCAUGCCACUGGUGAGCUCCGGGGUGGAGCAUGGCAACCUGAGAGAGCUGGCUCUGGCCAGGAUGAAGGACAUGGGCACUGAGUGUCGAGAUGUAAGAACCCGAGAAGUCGGCAUCCAGGAGAUCCACCACAAAGUCAGACCUUACCAGGUGGAGCUUGUGAGGCGGGACUAUGUAGCCAACGGUGGUUGGGAGACCUUCCUGUCCUACGAGGACCCGGAGCAGGACAUCCUGAUCGGCCUGCUCCGGCUGCGCCGCUGCUCUCCGCUGUCCUUUCGCCCGGAGCUGAAAGGAGGCGUGUCCAUCGUCCGUGAGCUGCAUGUGUACGGCAGCGUGGUGCCUGUGAGCAGCAGAGACCCGAGCAAGUUCCAGCAUCAGGGUUUCGGUAUGAUGCUGAUGGAGGAGGCUGAGAGAAUUGCCAGAGAUGAACACGGCUCUGGGAAGCUGGCUGUUAUCUCGGGUGUAGGAACCAGGAACUACUACAGGAAGAUGGGCUAUGAGUUGGAGGGACCUUAUAUGGUGAAGGACCUCUACAGUCCAAGAACUGACUGAAUCCUGCUCAUUUUUUUUUUUUUUUAUCUGGAUGGUCUAUACAGGUUCUAUAAACACAGAGAUUGCUGCACUAGUUGCAGUGAAACUGUUCCAGCAUCCACGGAGAUAACUUGGUUUCUUUUGCACAGCCAAUGCAUCUGCUUUUAUCUGAACACACCGGGCAACGCUGCUGCAUCUCCUCUGUUUUAUUUAGAUAAGAAGAUGUGUGAGAGGACUGGUGAAGUAAAGCCAUUUACUUCCCGAAGCCAGCCUCGUCUGGUGGAUGAGGUUUAGAGGUCACUCUAAGAGGCAAACAUAUUUUACAGGCACAGUCGCAGCAAAAAGGCCGGCAGAUGUGGACGUUGGCGUUGGGUCUUUUUCUUAACAGGUCCUCGGAUGCCACCAGUGCCUCGAUGGUGAGCCUCUGAUAUGAAACAAGAAACCUGUGAGGGAUUUUCUACUCCGAUGAAACAUGUCAGAAAAUGUCUGGCUAUUCCUUAAAUAGUGUUUGAAUGGGAUGAGAGGAUGGAACUUCACGGUUUGAGUUAAUCACAUUUAUGUUGCAAUGCGAUAGAAACCCGUAAAUUAAUGGUUGGCAGUGGAUGAAUAGACACUGGGACGUGUCCUGGCUGGGCAGCCCUUGUAUAAGUGUUACAUAAAUAGCGUCUUUUUUUUUUUUUUAAGCCCCAGUUUUUUGUUUUUAUGUCAUGUAAUUCACAGGAUUCACACUCAGAACUUGCUUGUCUUUCUCAGAGAAUAAAGUAUAUUUCAGUUA